AUGCGGAAGAUCGAGAAGAGUUCGAUAGAGAAAAGAAUAGGUAAGGGAGGAAUAGAGCGAGAGAAAGAGAAUGAGGAAGAUAGUAGAAGAAGGGAGGGUGGAGCACUGGCUUUACUUAGCCAAGUUGGUGUUAUAACACCACCUACCAUAGCCGGCUUCAUCGAGGACUUGAAAUCUUUAAUGAAAAGGAUGAAUCCAGGAUUCACGAGAGAUAAAGGCUUAGUUAGAGAAUUGAAACUACCAACAUUGUAUACCGCACCACCGACAAUGACAGUAGCUAGAAUGAUUAGUGAGUGUACAUGUAAGGACUUCCAGUGGGUAAUACAGGGUAGGUGCUAUGUGGUUGACUUGAGGAUUUUGGAAUUAGGAGGGUGUGAUGUGGUGCUUGGUUUAGACUCGGAUGGAGCACUUCAAUCCUAUACAUUUUGA